GCCGAGUUCACAACGUUUCCAUCUCCGCAAAGCCAGUGGCUCCCUGCGCAUCUCGCCUCACGUUGCCGCGCACUUGCUCUGGCGGUGGCGGCUCCCCAGACCGCCUGCGUCUUGUCGAAACUCCCCUUUGGCCGCGUAUCCGCGCGCCCGACAUCAGCCCAACAUGGCGCCCGAUUCCGAGCAGACGAUUAAGGUCGCAUCCAAGAAGGAGUCCAAGGCGGGGACGAUCAAGUUGAAGAAGCCGCCUCCCAAACAUAGCAAACCGGGCAACUGGAGAGAUGGUAGCGUUGUCGAAGACGAGAAAAAGAAGAACGGCGUUUCGCCAUCCGCCUCGGCCGCCGCGUCUCCCGGACCCGUGGUCAACCAGCUAGACGACACCGCGCGUGAGACAUUCGCGACCGGCCGCCCGCUGGAAGACAGCCCCGACCUGCAGCAGUGCAAGCACUGCAAGAAGAGCAUUCUCAAGACGGCAGCCAAGGCGCACAUCGAGCAGUGCUUGAAGCUCAAAAAGGAAAAGGCGCAACGUAAGAAGGAGGCGCGCGAAGCGCGCGAGCGGGCCAAGGAGGCAGCCCGGGAAGAAGAGGCGCGCAAGGCGGACGGGGAGAAUGCUGACGGCAAGGGCGAAGAUGACAGCGAUGACGACGACAAGAAACCCGGGACAGGCGGCAAAAAGGGCGCCGGGAAGAAACCCGAGGAGGACAAGAAAGGCAAGAAGCGCAAGGCCGAGAACGAGCCCGACAAGGGUCCCAAAACCAAGAAGAAGAAGGACGAACCCAAGGCCAAGGUGCCCAAGCCAAAAGGUCCCGUCGAUGUCGAGCGGCAAUGCGGUGUCAUUUUGCCCAACGGCCAGCCUUGCGCUCGGUCGUUGACAUGCAAGAGCCAUUCUAUGGGGGCGAAGCGAGCAGUCGCCGGUCGCUCCCUACCGUACGACAUGCUUCUUGCAGCCUAUCAGAAGAAGAAUCAAGCAAAGCAACAGAAGGCGGCUCUGGACGCGAAUGCGCCCGUGGAAGACGACGACGACGCCAACAAUGGACCCGUCGACUCGGACGAGGAGACGGCAGCGGUGAUGGGCGCGUUGGCUCACUGGAAACCGCAGCCGCUGGUCCCGCAACCAAUCUUCACCCCAAUCAAGCGCCAAUACCAGCUCGCGAGACUGCACGAACAGCUGCAGAUGGCCACCAACGGCGGCCGCACCAACAUCUUCCAGGUCGUUGGCUUCGGCGCGCAGAAGCUCGCAGACGGACACCCCGGCCUGCUCGACAGCGAAGACGCGCCUGGUGAGCCAGACGUCAGCAACGUGCCUUUCCCAGGGUCGGCGCGGUCGGCAACCUUUGGCGCCAGCGCAACGGCUCAGCGGCGCCCAUCCGUCACUAGUCGCGGUUAAGGGCUCGCCGGCGGAUUUUCCCUUUUUUCUUUUCUCUAUCUCUACUCUCUCUCCUGCUUGCUUUUUGUCUACGGCAUCUGUCCGACUUUGGCGGACUUUGGCUAGACUGUGCAGAACACCAGCGAGGCGUUUACGGCGGCGGAUGGGCAGGCGGGCCACAGGACAGGCCAUGAUCAUUUUGUCUUUCAUUGUCAAAAGCCUCUCCGUUGCGGGCAUUGCAUUUUCCAAGAGCGAUGGCGGACUCGUGGAGUACCGGUCAGGCACGGGACGGUCUGGGAGAUCAGGCGGCGGCGUUUACGGGAGGGGGGCAGGCCUCUGUGUUUUGACAGGGUAUGAUUGAAUGGUUGGAUGGCGGUGACCAUGGUAUGGUAUGAUACGGUAGCUUGGAAAGCGAGCAUCAAGGGCACAUGAAUAUCUGCCUGGAGCUCUUCUUUUCUCUCCUCUUCUGCUUUUUUUUUGUCCCUCAAUACCCAAGAAGAGCUCCACGCAGCCAGCUCCGUUUGCUAGACUCGUAGGCGUGUACGAAGUAUUAGCGCAGAGCAGCCAACAU